AUGCACGAAGUAGAAUUUCUUAGAACUUCACCACUGCUUAUACAAUACGAAGGGGUCAAAUAUUCCGUCAUGGUCGAGCCAGCUGUAUCAUUUUUGGAUCUCAAGGCAAGCUUGUCUUGGUACAUAAUGAAACAUUACGAUAUAGGGCAUGUGUCAGAUCUGUGGUCUUCCGAGUUGGGCAAGUACACAGGGAUGCACACUUUGCACGAUCAUUGAGUAGUUGUCUGCCUCAUCGAUUGGGUUAAAAUGGCGUCAUCCUUGACCGCACAGCUACAAAACUUGCGGACUGCAACUGCGAGACACCUAACCGUUGAAAAACGUCACGUUUCGUUGCUUUUUGAUCGUGUGGAAGCUGGAAAAAUCAAUAAUGAAACUGCACAUAGAAUUGGUGUCGCUGGAUUGGAGCAAAUGAAAAGGAUAGACCCUAUUUUUGAUUCCGAAGAAACCAACGAACUGUUUUCUGAAGAACGUGUCAAUUUCGUUCGUUCCUUAGUAGAUCAAGAAGAAAACGAUAAGCUUAAUAUGCAAAUCGAGAAAAUCCUUUACCAACUCUCACCAUACCUGCAGCAUUUUGCAUGUCAGCAAGUCCUCGAAUAUCUCGUUCACACUUAUCAAAUUUAUGCAUACAAUGCGGAGUUCUUAAUAGUUAACUUUCUUCCAUUUCAUUCGACGAAAAUUUACGCUAGGAUUCUAAGAAUUCUUGACUUCGACUUUAGUCGCUCCAAAGAAUGGCAAUUUCUUCAAGAUUUCACAAAAAAGGAGGAUCCGGUGCCAUUUAGCUCAAUUGCAAAAGCUGCAUUGUCCGGCUCUCAUUCCGUUAUAACCCGAAUCACUGACCAUAUAAAGAAAGGAAUUGAGAUUGCUGGUAGCGAUUAUUUUGAAGCUCGUCAUCCUAUGCUUUUCAAUUUUCAUGCCAAAAUCCUUCUCAGCUUAUUCAAUGAUCCGAAAAAGGUGGACGAGACAAUGCUAAGCAAGCUAAUGCCGUUAAUCGAAAAUGGAACGAAAAGUUCUCUUAAAUCAUUCCGUUAUACUUCAUUCAUGUUAAUCUGCCAGCUGGUUUUGACUGUGAAAUUGAAGCAGGAUGUCAUCAAAUCGCUUUGUAGGCUUCUUAUCACGAAAAUCCGUCAAGAAACAAUGAAGGCCACAUUUUCGACCCUUAUCGUUGUGUUCCAACAGCAAACUGUCGAAACAUUGUCUAAAAAGGUUAUGAAGAAGCUUUUGGCAUCGAACGCGGACCUUCAUGUUUGGAAGUUUUUCAAUGAGAUUUCGAAGAAGACCGACACGUCAAAAUUUUAUAUUUUGCUCUGGAAAGAACUUUUGGAAUCGAUAAGAGAAGAAGAGGAUAUAACGGAAAUUUAUACAGCUUUGAUUGAAACAUCAUCGGACCCGUCAAUUUUUACACCAGAAAUGGCUCGCGAAUUUUUGGAUUCGACCCUAAACGCCGCAUUGAAUGGGAUUAUUAUUGAGGAUGGCGGUUUCAAAGCAAAUUUGCACGCGAUUGCCUUGAAAUUUGCGAAAGAAUUUGAUGAAGUGCACGCGAAAAUCAAAGAAAUGGGAAAGAAGAAGGUGAAAAAGGUCUUGGAAGCUUACAAUCUCGAGAAUGUUGUUCAAUUCGUUGGUGAUGCAUUGACCUCGGAAGUUGUUCGCGUAACCGAGCCAAUCGAACCCGAAAGCGUGGAGGCGACGAAGAAAUCGAUUGCGCAAAAAUCGGCAAUUGAGAAGGCGAAAGAAUUGGCGAAUGGCUCGGAGUUUGCCAAACGCGAAGUGUUCGUCGGUGAUCCGAUUCGCGAAGCGCUGAAAUUCUUAAAGUCGGAGAAAUGGGAAAAGUUGAGCUGGUGUCUCGAUGAGAUGACGAAACGCGGUGCGAAUUAUUUUCAAAGAAAACCGGACGAUGAGAUUGAGAAUUUUGUCGUCGAAAUCAUCCGAGUGGUGGGAAUCGAGAAGAAUGAGCAUAUUGAAGCGUCGAUUGCGCAUUCGGCUCUUUCGGAUGCAAAAUUGAAUCCAUUAUUUGUCAAGGAGCUUUUGCGAAAUUUCGACGAUUGUGAGGAAACGGCACCGAAAAAAGCGAAAACGGCGGGUAGUGGCAAAAUCGGAGCUGCGCGAAAGGCGUUUGGUCAAGACAAAUGCGCGAAAAACUACCAACGUCGUAUCAAUUUUGUGCUCGAGAUGUUGAAUGCGAGACGGCAAAUUCAGGCGACACCCGAACUCCUCAAUUCCCUGUUCGAUAUUGUGAAACUUGUGAAUGCCACAAAUGGUGUCGAUUCGAUGGCAUAUCAGCAGCAUCUUGCAAUUAACACGAUUCGAAAAAUUUUGGACAAUCCGGGAAAACUCAAAAUUCAACCAAUGCACAUUGAUAUGGAUUGUGUGAUCGAGACGAUGCGCUCAAGUCAGAACCAUCAUUUAUUGCGGGAUUGCCUCCGACUCACUGUGUCGGCCGCCAAACAUUCUCCAACGUCGGUUGGAAAACAUGUGAUGUCUGUGUUCACGUUCAUGGGCAAUGGAAUGCUUCGCAAAGACAAUGAGUUGACACUUUCCGUGGUGGAAAAGACGGUCGAAUCGCUAUUUGCCACGAUUAUAUCUUGCGGAUCACAAGGCAAAUCGACACAAGAGAAGCUCAUCGAGUUGUCGAAAUUGUUCGCUGCCAGCGCGAUCGACAUUCCGGCGCAUCGAAGGGCGCGAAUUGCGAAAGCGAUCGCGCGUGCCGUUGGUCCGGAGAACGCCUCGACGGUUGUGUUGGUGCUGGUGUCAGGCUUCUGCUCGCGAUGGCAACGAGCCACUGAGGCCUCAAUUCAAGAAGCGGCCAAGAAGGGAAGCGAUCAGGAUGCGUAUGAUGAUCUCUCUAUUGAGCUUCUCAAUGCGCUCAAUCCGUUUGAGCAGCUCUCGUGCGUUUUGGAGAUGAUCGAAUUUGUUUUGCGUCUUGGUGGUGAUCUUCCAGCGGAUAAUAAUAAAACUACAAAAAUUGAUGAGAUGAUUUUCGAUAGAUCCGCCCAUACACUUCCACGAGUUCGCCACUUCCGCUAUGUGAUUGUCAUGCUGAUUUCAAGAAUUUUCUCGAGUCGUACCCUGAUUGAAAAGCUUGCCGCCUACGACGAUGACGAUUUGCUCAAAAACGCGUUGCCUCUUGGAAAACGUCUCAUCGAGUGCUCUGUGGAACUUGACGAGUUUGCUGCGCGCGAGGAGACCCAGCAAAACUUUGGCGAUCCGCAAUCGCAACGCUAUUGGGUGGCGUUUGCCUCGCGAACCGAAGUUGUCAGCGAGAAACUUCGCCACUUGCUACCUGGAAGUGUGGCGGCUCGCCUCAUCGCCGACGUUCUUCAUGAAUGCGUCAACGAGAAGAUGAUGAGCUAUAAGAUGUGCGAGAAGGUCCUUCAGUUGGCCAACAUCAAACUCGGUCAUGAUGGAUUUUUGAUUGUCGACACUGGAAUAAAUGAGAAGGAGCUCAUCGCGCUGGCGCAAGCGCUCAAUCGAUUCAUUGUUCCCGAAACGAAGAAUGAAGAACGAAUGAAGUUGUGCCAAAACGCUGCCUACACGUUGAAGUUGAUUGCGAAGCAUCUGCCCAAACAAACCGAGUCCAACGUUCUUGAAGAGACGAUGCAAAAAUGUGUAGCGAUUAUAACGAAAUAUCAGAAAAUGGAUGAUAAUCUUACCGGCAACGCGUUGCUUCUCGCUGGCGAACUGAUUCGUAGUCAUAAUAUGGCGUCGACUAUUCAAUACGCGAUCACGUUGCUCAAGACGUGCCUCGCGACGGUCCAUGAAGCGAUUUUGAAGUUGACGCGCUCGUCGCAGUUUGAUGUGAACAACUCGCCGGGAUCAUCGACGGGACGUGUGAAUCGUGGACAACGAAUCAGGCAGCAAUCUCUUGGCGGAUUGAAGUUUGGAUCGGAAACAUUGCUAAUCUGCUCAUUGACUUGCAUUCAAAGAAUUUUCGAUCAGUUUUCGACGUUCGUCUCGGAAUAUUCGUCAGACGUUAUUGUUCGUUACUGUCGGCUUAUCGCAAGGUUUGGCGAUCCGGCUGAGCUUCAGAGUAUCCAUCAGCCGUCAUCGAGCAGCGCCGCUCAAUAUACCGGCGGUUCGCAGACUAGCGGAUUCGGAAACAAAUCGGGCAUUCAUCAUCGACUCAAUCUGAUUCGUCGAGCGCUUCUCACAAUUGAAAUUCGCGUUUUGCCAGCGCACAUUUCGAAGGCUGUUGUAGAGCUCAAAACGGAAGAGAGAGCUCUUGGAGCAUUGUUCAAUUUACUCUCGAUGUUUAUUGAGAACCAGCAAAAUCAGAAGCCCGAAAAGGUUCGGCAAGCUGUUGUGCAAGUUCGAGACACGUUUGUCGAGAGCGUCAUUCUGCCGGCGAUGACGUUCCGCAGUGGCCAGCGUCGUCCGGAGGAGUUUGAGAAUGUUGAGCGCCUUGAAAAGAGCAUCUCCUCGUUCGUUAUAAAUCUUGCCAAUGUGUUGAGCGAAGUCGAAUUCCGGCCUGUCAUCAAUCAGCUCGUCGCCUGGGCCGAGCCGGGACUCGAGGCGAAUGCGAGUUUGCCAUUGAGAGUCCGACUUGUCUCGAUUCUCCACUUCGCCAAUUUGUUCUACGAAGCGUUCAAUUCGCUGGCGUUGCCCUACUUUGGUCGACUAUUGGAAAUUGCGACGAUUGUGCUGAAGCGAUGCAACGCGACACUUUGGACGGAAGAUUCGUUGUUGUUGAGCGGAAAGAGAGGGACCACUGAAGCUCUUGAGACGAAUAUGGUAUUGACGAUGGCGAUUGAUUUGAUUGCAAAUGCGGCUAGGCAUAAGGAUCUAUUCACAUCGGAUCGUUGUGCUUUGGUGACUGAUGCUGUCAUUGAUGAAUUGGUGAACACAAAGGUCGAGGGACACGAGAAGCGAUGCUCCGAUAAUUUGGUCAACGCGAUUUACAGAAUUGGCAAUGCUGAUCCUGAUAACUUUGGCGACAUGUUGAACAAGAUAAUGAUGAAAGCGCGUGAUAGUCGAGCAAAGAUUCGCUACCGAACUCUUCUUGUGCUUGAGCUUCUUAUUGAAAAAAUUGGCGACAGCAUUCAGCCACACUUGGCAAUCUUGUUGCCAUAUUUGAAUGAGCUCGUAGAAGAUGAAAAUAAACAAGUGGAAGCUCAAUGUCAAAAGGUGAUCAAUGUGUUGCAACACAAAUUUGGAGAAACUUUCUGGAAUAGCUCGUCAUAG